AUGGCGGGGACGCAACAACCGGUGGUGUGUGUAUUCUGUGGUUCGUCGCCCGGGAGCAACCCGGCACACCUGGAAUCAGCACGCAGCCUAGCCAGAGCUCUCCACGAAGCGGAUUACAAGCUUGUAUAUGGAGGAGGGACCAUGGGGGUCAUGGGAGAACUCGCCAAGACAAUUGUCUCUUUAUCUGGUCCUGAGUCCGUCCAAGGCAUCAUCCCACGCGCUUUGAUACGCUCGGAAAAGGAUGUCACGAGCCGGAGCGCAACCAGUCAAUUCUCGGCAAAGGAAGCUGAGCGCACCAUGUCCGACGAUGAAUUGAAGAGGAUCGAUAGCAGUGAAGACCCCGACGCCUGGAUUGUCCCCAAAUCCGAAUUCGGCGGUACGACCAUUGUCCCAGAUAUGCACACUCGCAAACGAUUGAUGGCCCACUCCGUCGAGGCUGGAGGUCCAGGAUCCGGCUUUGUUGCGUUGGCAGGAGGUUACGGCACAAUGGAAGAAGUCUUGGAAAUGGUCACGUGGAACCAGCUGGGUAUUCAUAAGAUCCCUAUCAUUGUGGUCAACAUCAAUGGUUAUUGGGACGGCCUGCUAGAUUUGGUCAAGAACAGCGUCAGAGAGGGAUUCAUCAGUCCAGGCCAGGCCAACAUCUUGGUAGAGGUAAAGCGCACAGAUCAAGUGAUCGAGGCAUUGCACAAGUAUCAGGUGGCCGAGGGGAGAUAUCAGCUGGACUGGAACCGGAUAGAACCAUAA